GCCAGUAAGAGCAAGGCUCGCCAGCUCGAAGACGCAUUUCGAGCCCGCCAUGCAGGGCGCAGCAAAAGCAAAGGCAAGCGCCGGCUUGCUCGUGUCACGGCCAGAUGCCUCACAUCAGCUCUCUUUACUCACCUUGAAUGUGGCGGAUAGCGCAAAGGCUUUUGAAGCUGCCAAAGCCUAUAUGAUCGAGAAAGUCCAUGUCAUUGCCCUUCUAGAGGUGUGUGCCUCCAGUCAGCAAGCUCAGGCCUUUGUGUCUCAAGCCAGCCGCUUAGGUUAUCAUGCUUUCCACGUGCCGGGCACCACCACGCAGUUUCGCCGUGGUUAUGAUGUUCAUUCGGGAGGCGUCGCUGUCCUUGUGCGGCACAGCAUCAAGGUCCAGCCGGUGCGCUCUUGGCAAGGGGUCGUCGGGCAAUUUGUUGCUUUAGACUUUGGCUCCUUCUUCAUGGUGGCCGUCUACCGCAGGCCGGGUGAUGACAGUGUCAAUGACAUGAACCAAGCUUUGUGCGAAGCUCUCUGGGCGCGCCGGGCCCGUCAACCUUGGAUUCUUCUCGGUGACUUCAACUGGACACCGGAAGAAAAUGAGUGGCUUGAGAUGCAGCCGUUGUUGGUCCCUGGGACCAUAGCUGCGCCCGAUGGUUUGCCACCAGAUGGGGCGUCACUGUCAAUGCGUGGCGGCGUGCUUUGGACGCUGCGUAGCAAGAAGUGUGGCGCACUCAUCCUGCCGCGGCGCGCCUUCCUGCUCUGGUCCUAUACGAAG